AAGAGCAUUGACUUGUAGUUGUUGAGGUAGCAUAGUUGGGUCCGUCCGAUGAGGGGCAAAAGAAGACAAAGAUUCGUUUAACGAGGAGCGAAAGGAAGCGCAAAUACAGGGUUGCUAAUUGCCACUUGAUUUUUUUUCUUUGUUUUGGGUUUGGGAGCCAAAAAUGAGACCAAUGAGAGACAAAAACAACACAACAAGACCCCUUUGACAAUUUUCACUGCCUCGUCCUUUCUCUUUCUUUUAGGCACUCUCUGUGUCUCUGUAGCGACGAUUAAAGUUGGUACAUGUGCCACCAGUUUUUUGUUUGUUUUUCAUGUGUGUCAUGUCAUGUGUGAGUCUGUGUCUGCACUCUACUCACCAACUCUUUCCAUUUUCCAACCCCCGAAUCCAAGGCCUCCUUAGAUUCCUUACAGAGUAGAGUCAACAACAUAUAGCUAUCUCUUGUUUCAUUUUUCCUAUUGUUACAAUAUUCAGUAAUUGAAAAAAAAAUUAUCUUUUUGUUUUUUUUUCACAGUUUGUUUUGUGAGAUUGAAAGGGAAAUGUGAGAUUGAAAGGGAAAGGCUGUGUGAGGUGAGGUGUGUCAUCCACAUAUGAGAGUGUGAAGUGUCAACCAUCUAACUCCAACGAAAGAAGCUUCCUACAUACUUCCUACUGUUCAGCUCUCUUCGCUUUUUUCCUAUCCACCCAUCACUCGUAUUAAUUCAAAACACCCUUCAAUCCAACCCUAUCUCCAUCCCUCUUUCUCUUUUGUCUUCUAUUCUGCAACACACUCACUUUGUUUCUUUGCCUACCCACACUACUCUCUACCAAACACUCUUUUCAAUUUCUACCAGGUACCCUUUACUUCUUGCUUGCUCUUUUUUUUUCAUCUGAUUGAACCUUUUAAUGUGUGUUCUAGCCACUUGCUUUACCUGCAGUCUUGAACGUGUUUGAUUUCACUUCAAAAUUGUCUUUUUUUUAGAUUCUUUUUGUCUGUUUUUUGUUUUAAGUAUUGUUUGAAUGGGCAGACAUCUUUGUAUGCAAUGAGAGUCUUUAAACUAUUUAUUAGCUCGACAGUGUUGCAAUUUUUGACAGAAGAAUCGUGAUGUUGAAGUUAAAAUAAUGCCACGGUAGGAGAGGGGUUGGGGAACAAAGGGUCGUGAUGUUCUUGACUUUUGGCGUUGUAGAUUUCAUCUGGAUUAUUAACUAAUUCAAGGCCGCUCUUGUAUAUUGUUUGCCAAUGGAAUGUAAUUAUCAGUGUGGCCGAAGUGUUGUAAGCUUGAAGAGAAAGUCCCCGGAAGAUGAAAAUCGUGUACUCUUCAACACCUUUUCUCUGGAUGACCUUAAUGAAGAUCUCUUUGAAAGGAUACUUUCAUGGCUUCCAACUUCCACAUUCUUUCGCCUAAGUUCUGUGUGCAAAAGAUGGAAAUCGGUUGCUGAUUCUGCCAGUUUCAAGCUUGCCUGCUCUCACAUUCCCUCGAGGGAUCCUUGGUUUUUAAUGGUUGCUCCCAACCUUAAUCAAUCUGUUAUCUUUGAUUCUGCUGAGGGCGCUUGGAAGAGACUAAACCACCCACCUCUUCUGCAAGAGGAAUCUAACCAAAACUGCAUGCCGGUUGCAGCCUCUGGUGGCUUGAUUUGCCACCGGAAAUUAUCAGGAAAUUUCAUUGUGAGCAACCCCGUGACAGGAUCUUGUACAGAACUUCCCCCACUUCAUGCCCCGCAGCAUCAACCUCUCAAUGCCAUUGUGAUGAGCACAGCUUGCAAAGACCAACUCUCCUUCAAAAUUGUCUUAGUCUUCGGUGAACUUCCAAAUCUCUUGUUCAAAGUCUACGAUUCAAGAUCUGGCUGUUGGGAUGAUGAGAUUGCUUUGAGGAGAAAGACAGAAGACAGUUCAAUGGAACAUGAUUCUACUGAUGACAAUGUUGUGUACUUCCUCAGCAAGGCUGGAAUUGUUGUGGCAAGCAACAUGCAGAGAAGCCCCUCUAAGCAAUAUUCAUCAGUUAUUACCAACAAAGAUGGCCAAGACAUUGUGUAUUUUCUUAGCUCCUCAGGGAAAGUGGUAGCAUGCAAUUUGACGUGCAAGUGCUUCUCUGAGUACCCCAGGUUGUUACCUGUUUUUAGUGAGUAUUCCAUUGAUGUUGUAGAGUGCAAUGGGGAGAUGCUAGUUGUUUUGUUAUCAGAAUUCUUGGAGACUGCAACUCUUAGAGUAUGGAAAUAUGAUGAGGCUAACAGAGGGUGGCAUCAGAUCGCGGCAAUGCCUGCAGCAGAUUCUCAUGAGUGGUAUGGAAAGAAAGCAGACAUCAAUUGUGUUGGAGCUGGAAACCAAAUAUUGAUAUGCUUGAACUCCCCUGAUCUAUGCACUUAUAUUCUGUGUGAUUUGGAAACCAACAAGUGGCUUGAAUUGCCAAAAUGUUGCAUAAAUGGAGAACUCAUAGACUUUAUGUCUGCCUUUUCAUUUGAGCCUCGAAUAGAGGUUUCUGUAUGACUUCACUAUGAUAAUCACCAUUCCUUUUCUGAUCCCUUAGCA